AUGCUCACUCGAGAUACUAUCUUACAUAUACCUUGGUGGGAAUGGUCGGUUCUUGCAGCGGUAGCAAUAUGUGCAUGGGGCAUCAGUGCCAGGUACCAGAAAGGCCUCAACAAGUACAAUGGCCCUUUCCUGGCAUCUUUCACAAAUUUCUGGCGGAUUUGGCAGCGUCUACGAUACCCUCACCGAACUUAUUUCCAGGACCUGGCCAAAUACGGGCGAAUCAUCCGAGUGGGACCGAAUACCUUGGUGUUCAAUGAUCCCGAGGCGAUCAAGGACAUCUACAUGACGCAUUUUUCAAAGUCCCCAUUCUACUGGGUUGCCCAGGGCGUCAGUCGCGGCCACGUGGUUGCAAACAUUUUCUCGACAACUGAUCGAGUCCACCACGGCAAACUUCGAAGAACGGUGGCCAACUCGUUCGCGCUGAGUACUCUGGUUCACUAUGAGCCCUACGUAACAGACGCACUGGCCUCGCUGCUGCUUCAACUCGAUUCGAGGUUCUCAGGCGAGUACAACGAGAAAGGUAUUUUUGACCUGGCAGAUUGGUGUAGGUUUUUCGCCCUUGACGUUGUAAGCAGUCUUACUCAGGGUCGACCUUAUGGCCUUCUGGAAGCUGGCUACGAUCAUAUCGGCGUCAUCCAGGCCCAGGUCAAGUUUCUGCAGUACUUCACCGUCACCAAUAAUGCUCCCUGGCUGGACGGUAUGCUCAAGAAAAACCCGAUCCUUCUCUGGCUGGGGCGUAAAGGACUCUGGAAUAGUGUCACCGCAACCGUGCCCAUAGCUCAGCAGCAGGUUACAGAACUGUCACGCAAUUUUGAUAAGAACAACCAUAAAGACGCCGAAAAAUCGCAUUAUGGCCGUGUUCCGUUACUAACCAAAUUCCUCCAGGCUAAAGCCGAACAUCCAGACAUCAUUGACGAUCAAGCCAUUCUAGGCCUAACACUUUCUAUGGUAAAUGCUGGCAGUGGGACAGUGUCGACCACAUUGGCCGCGGCGCUGUACUUCCUUAUCAAGCAUCCUGCAUCCAUGGAGCAGCUUCUCGCCGAGCUAGACGAACACUUUCCACCUAUCACACCAGCGAACACCAUAAACACGCAGAAGUGGUUGGCGGAGGAGAUCGUUGUUCCCUUUGCCGAGGCACAGAAGUUACCUUUCCUUGACGCUGUGAUAAAGGAGGUCUUCCGGCUGUGGCCAGCUUUAGGAAUGCAGCUUAUGGAGCGUGUUACACCACCGGAAGGCGCACAUAUCCUCGGAGAGUACAUCCGGGGCAACACUAUCGUCAGCUGCAACUCAUGGAUCAUGCACCGUCACAAACCCACAUUUGGCGAAGAUGCCGAUGAGUUUCGACCGUCCAGAUGGCUCCUGGCACCUCCUAGUCGCCUCCAAUUGAUGAACAAGGCAAUGCUGAUGUUCGGUGCAGGGCCGAACACCUGCAUAGGUAAGAACAUUGGGAUGUUGGAGCUUUACAAGGCGGUGCCAUCGUUGUUGAGAUAUUUCAGUGUGAGUAAACUGUUGCCCCAAUGGGAUCUGGUGACACCAUGGUGUUAA